CAAAAUGUAGCCGCACUGCAUCUCCCGGUUGGGUGUUGUCGGAAACAACAGACAAGUCGCUGGGAAGCUUUUCAGAAGAUGUCAGCAACUCUUCAGUGCCCGUCACGACUAUGCCGUAAGGAGCAUGGACAGCACCCUGGGGCGCAUCGCUAGUAUCCCUCUGUUCAACUCGGCUUAUCAGAUCGCUGUGUUCACCUACACGGACAUAAAAGGUACCCACCCCGUGGUGGGUUUCUUCUGUGGCAUGGCAGAGCGCAGCGUGAGCACCGUGGUGGGGGUGGCUGUGAUGGCAGCCACUCCCGUCGUGCAGAGGCUGGAGGUGCCAAUAGCUGCAGUUAAUAGCUACACACUGAGAGGCGUGGCCGAGCUGGAGGCGAGAUUCCCCAUUCUGGAUCAGUCAGCGGACGAGGUCCUCGGGAAUUUGCGAGGCAGCCUGGCCGCCGGCCUGGAGCAGCUGCAGGCCCGCACCGCCGAGCGAGUGGGCCGGCUGACGGAGCGGGCCAGCGGGGUGGUGGAGGACGUGAUGGGCAUUGCGGCCUUGGGGGUGAGCAUCGUCCUGAACGCCAGCGUCAUCGGCCAAGUGCUGGAGCCCAGGGCCGAGGCAGCGCUGAGCCGCGUGGAGCAGAUCGCGAACCACUAUCUCCCUGCCACAGAGGAAGAAACCAGAAGGCAGGUGCCAAGCCUCAGAGGCGUGAGGCAGAGCCCGGAAAGCGAGCAGACCUAUGCCAGGCGGCUGCAGCUUGUGAUUGCUACCUCUGCCCGGCGAGUGAACCGGAGAGCGUGGUCGUAUGCGGAAGAACUAUGGCGUUUGAUGCUCCGGGCCCUGAACCAGCUGCUGGAGUUUGCUGCCGAGCUGAGACGUCGACUCCACCACGCUCUGGUUGCUCUGACCGAGAUGAGUGGCUCAGAUCCAAGCCCCCAGCCUGGCUUCCCCCAGCAUCCCACCCCCGUCCGGCUCGCCCAGAGGAGGCAAUCGAGCUCGGGAGGCACAAGCAGCAAGCACAGCGUCCAGGAUGGGAGCGGUCACAGGUCCACCCCGUCGCCAACCCAGAGAGGGCUCCCCGCCACCCUGAAUCGGGAUCCCCUUGCCAAGAACACUCGCUCUCCACCCCCUGCGGCCAGCCAGCUCUGGGAGGGCAGGGACCUCUCCUCCUUGGGCAAAGAGAUGUGAGCAUGCAGCCAGGACAUCCGCCCCCCCUUCUCUGCCACAACCGCCGGGAGCUGGGCGGGAAGUGGGAUUUGCAUCCUGCAGGGCAUUCUGGGAUUUUGAAAUUUAAUUUUCUCCCAGAUCUGGGCAGAAAAUCAAAAUCUCGGAAUCUUUCGCAAAACAAAAUAAUAUGAAAUCAAUGCGUGAUGACCUUAUCGAAAUUGUUUCAUUUCGACUUUAUCAUUUCACCUAUUAUAUAGGGAGGCAGAGUGGCCUAGUGGCUAGCGCAGGAGAUCUGGGCUCAUUCCAAGCUCUGCCAAUGGUCUGCUGGGAGACUUCCCUCUCUGUGUGCCAGUUUCCCCAUCUGUAACAUGGGGGAAAUGAAGCACUUAGAAGUCUAUGGAUGAAACAUGCUAUAUAAGCGCUAGGUUAAUAGUAUAUUUAUUAUAUUAUAAAGUCAAAAUGAU